GAUUGUCGUCGCGCUCGCCGCGAGAUCUUUCACCGGCAUAAGUUCCUCUGCGGACAACGUGACUCGUGUUAACACCUCGGCUGGUGAGGUCUGGGCAGUGAUGUGGUUGUGGAUGGUGCUGAUGGUAUGGUUGUAGGGGUUGACAGGUCCACCUGUCAAGGCGAGCUAACAAAUUGCUCAAGAAGUUCCUCGAUCUCAUGAAUGAAAGAACAGUGGCGGCGUACUUGUCUAGACGGCCCGUGGACGUAAUUUUCUUUUAAUGCAACAAUAAACCCAUUUACAACGCCGAUAAAACAAAGUGGAGUUUUAUACGUUUUCUGGUCGAUUGCGCGGGUGCCAAUUUGUGCUUUGUUUGUCGGUUAAUUGCUGUGCGAAUGGAUUGUUGUGGAAUUACCUUGUGCCAGCGUUAAAUACACCGAAACUUAAUGGGAUCAAGCAUGCUCUGGAUGGCCAUUCUCGGCGCCGUAUUGGUGUGGUCAGCGGCUCCGGGGGCUCCCUCGCGCCGAGGACAAGCGUACCAGAUCAGCCCAAAGCCUUGCUGGGUGGACGGCCAAGAGGGCACGUGCAUGUUUGUCUACGAGUGCAUCAAAUCAGAAGGUUACCACAUCGGCAUGUGCGUAGACACUUUCAUGUUCGGUUCCUGCUGUGCUCAUAAUGCUACCGACAACAACGUUGUGCCUUUGCAACACGACCAACCGGCCGUGCUCUACACAGCUCCUAGUCAUCAUAGUCAUACCACUAACAAGCCAAUUAGUCAUAGUAGACCAACCAACAGGCCUAGGCCGACAAGUCAUUCGCACCUAAGUCAGUCAACAAAAACCCAAUUCCGCCCGGUUACGCCGCCCCCAGCGCACACCGUAGUGGCAUCUAUGAACAUAAGACCCAACUCGCCCAGCAGGAAUCCCACUCAGCCGCCUAGACACACCGACGCCCUCUCUGGAGCCAACAGUAUAGCGAUCGGAGUGUACACGAAACCUGGGUGGCAGCACACGACGGAGCCGGGCUUCAUCACGUCGAAUAACCAGAAUUCGCUGCAGCCGGACCCCAAACCGCAGUGGCAGUUCACGACGGAGCCGGGGUUCGUGACGAGGGUGAAAGCGAAACCUAGUAGUUUUAAGCCGAAGCCUAAACCUACGAAGAAGCCGAUACAGAAUACUACGAAGUUCGGGAGCAAGGGGACGACGACGAAACCGACGACGAAAAAGCCAACUCCAGCGAGUCCUGCCGUCACCACCGAAGCCGCCGUGCAAAAAGUUUCAACAGCUCCGGAUUUGAUGCAAACAUCCACAAUUGGAAAUGUCGUGUCAGCGCCAAUCUCUGCCAGAAUCGAAUGCGGUGUGCCUAAGAUGUUAACGCAACCCCAGUCGAAAAUCGUCGGCGGCAAGAACGCUCCCUUCGGCCGAUGGCCCUGGCAGGUCUCGGUGCGGAGGACCUCGUUUUUUGGGUUUUCGAGCACACAUAGGUGCGGAGGAGCGGUGCUUAAUGAGAACUGGAUUGCGACGGCUGGACACUGCGUCGACGAUUUGCUUACAUCCCAGAUCCGGAUUCGGGUCGGCGAGUACGAUUUUUCAAGUGUUCAAGAGGAAUUUCCGUACGUCGAAAGAGCGGUGGCGAGGAAAGUGGUUCACCCCAAGUACAACUUUUUCACGUAUGAAUACGAUUUGGCUCUGGUUCAGCUUGAUAAACCUCUCGAGUUUGCUCCGCAUAUUUCUCCUAUUUGUUUGCCCGCUUCCGAUGAUCUGCUUAUCGGCGAGAACGCCACCGUCACCGGAUGGGGGCGGCUGAGCGAGGGCGGGACGCUGCCAUCCGUUCUACAAGAGGUUCAGGUUCCCAUAGUGAGCAACGACCGGUGCAAAAGCAUGUUCCUGCGUGCCGGAAGGCACGAGUUCAUCCCGGACAUUUUCCUGUGUGCCGGCCACGAAAACGGCGGCCGUGAUUCCUGCCAAGGCGACUCCGGAGGUCCCCUGCAGGUCCGGGGCAAAGAUGGCCGCUACUUCCUCGCCGGAAUCAUCUCGUGGGGAAUCGGCUGCGCCGAGGCCAACCUCCCCGGAGUCUGCACCCGGAUUUCUAAGUUCGUCCCCUGGAUCCUCAAACACGUCACUUGAAAACACGACCAAUCGUGCUGUAUAGGUGUACAUAAAGAGAUGUAUAUUUUGUUGAUAUUAUUGUAUUGUAAUAUGUAUUUAUGUAAUUGUUGUAUAAAGUAUAAAUAAUGUUGUU